UUACCACCCAAAAGCCAGUGCUGCGUAUGCGUGAUUCGUUUAUAUGAAGCGGAGGCACAAAACCCUUUACAACAUCAAGAUGUACAAGAGAAAGGCCUAAAAGCCAAAAAUAAAUUUUUGUGAUUUGCGAUAAUAAUUAGUAUUAAUAGAUACCGGGUUCAAGCCAAUCGGAACCCAAAAGUUUAAGUCAGAAUCGCGUCUAGACGUCAGCGGCUUAAUUAAUUUAACACGCUCCUCGAUUCGGUCAAAAUUGCGCCCGUACGGGUUCACGCUGCGCCCAGCCCACCGCCCACUGCCACCCCCCACCACCACCCACUGCCUCCCAGCACCACCGACAACAACAACCUCACCGACAACAACAACAGCAGCAAGACGACGGACUCCGGCACAGUGGGUCACACAGCCGGAUCUUCCACGGUAUCGCGGCGCCACAGUGGGAGUGGCAGUGGGCGGGACAGUGGGCGUGGCAGGGUGCCCAGCAUCCACAAGAAGCGCAAGAACAUCUGGCCAUUCAAGAUGCGGGUGAAGGUGACCAAGCGCCUGUGGCCCCACCGACAGGCGUCCACCAAGAGCGACAGGUUUCCACAGCCAAACGAAGUAACAGAAGGUGCCUUACAGGUCUGGCGAACUCUGCCGGAGCGAAUUCGUCAGGAUCCCAGUCUCGCGUCCUUUCGCCAGGAGCACGAACGUCUGCAUGGCGAUGUGGAUCCCCUGCAGGCGGAGGAGUCGGAGGUUCGGGUGGAGAAUGGACACCACGAGGAGACCGCUCUGGCCAACCAGGCCUUCACACAGAUCGGGAUUAAUGUGACAAACGAGGCGGGUCAGGUGCGGGUGCUCGACGGCAGGGACCUGGAGAACAACAAUGACGAUCAACAUGACGAGGCCGAACCGCAUGCCAAAAGUUUGAUCCGAAAGUAUCUCAUCUGGUUCAAGAUUGCCGUGCUGCUGGUGGUCUGGUGCGUCUUCACCGCCUUCCUAAUGUCCAACAACGAGCAUGUGGACCAGCUGAGCCUCAUAAGUGUUCCUAGGAAUAGCUCACCAAGAGUAUUUCCCAUUGCCACCUCCAGUCUGCAGAGGAUCGGCCUGGGUCUGCGAGGACCUUUCCGGCUGCAGGAGAACGAGCUGGCCCUAAACGAGAGCGUUCCACUGCCCCUGCUCCAAGUGCUGGUGAUGCGCAGCUACUUCGAUGGCGACGGCAUGGAGAUUUACAUCGAGAACGCCAGCCAGGUGUGGCAGCUGGACGUGGUCUACUCAGAUCUAAUCGAUGCCACCAGGGACACGAAGAAGCAGCGCACCUUCGAGCUGAGUCCCAUUGAUCCUUUGUGGUUGGCCCAGGCGAAUCGCACGGAGCUGAGCUUCGAGUUCACCAGCAGCAUCGAGGGGGAGCUGCCGCUCCAGCUGAAUGUGGACGAGUCGCCCAUUUACAAGCGGGAUGGUGUGAUCUAUGCAGCUGUCGUACUCUGCGGUCUUUACGUGAUGAUCAUCUGGGAGAUUGUGAAUCGAACAUUUGCCGCCAUCAUCGCCUCCACGCUUUCGGUGGGAAUAUUGGCUGCCCUGAACUCGCGACCCUCGAUGGCCACCAUCAUGGGUUGGAUCGAUGUGGAGACACUGCUGCUGCUCUUCGGCAUGAUGAUCCUGGUGGCCAUUCUCUCGGAGACCGGCGUCUUUGACUAUCUGGCCGUGUAUGCCUACAAGAUAACCAACGGACACGUUUGGCCCCUUAUCAAUUGUUUGUGCCUGUUCACCGCUGUCCUGUCGUCCUUCCUGGACAAUGUGACCACCGUGCUGCUGAUGACCCCGGUGACGAUACGACUCUGCGAGGUCAUGUGCCUCAAUCCGGUGCCCAUACUCAUGUGCAUGGUCAUCUACUCGAACAUUGGUGGAGCAUUGACUCCGGUGGGGGAUCCGCCCAAUGUGAUCAUCGCCUCGAAUAGCUACAUAUCCAAGAAUGGCGUCAAUUUCGCUGUCUUCACUUUGCACAUGUUGCCCGGAGUUCUUCUGGUGAUGGUGCAGACCUACAUCCAAUUGCGAUACAAGUUCCGCAACAUUAGUGAUCUGCAGUUCAAGGACUCGCCGGAAGUGGAGGAACUGCGUCACGAGAUCCACGUGUGGAAGCGAGCGGCUGCCAGUCUGUCGGCCUAUUCAAAGGACGAGGAACUGGUGCGACAAACGCUGAUGAAGAAGGUGAAUCGCUUGAAGAGAAGCCUGAAGAAGCGCAUGACGGCGGUCAUAGAACCGGCACCCAAUUACCAGCAAACUCUGGCCAAUCUUCAAGCAAAGUACCCCAUUCGCAACAAGCCCCUGCUGAUCAAGUGCUCGGCUGCCCUGCUCUUUGUGAUCAGCUUGUUCUUUUUGCACUCGGUUCCGGAACUGCAGAGAUUAUCCUUGGGCUGGACCGCUCUGUUGGGCGCCAUAUUCCUGAUCAUACUGGCGGAUAUCGAGGAUAUGGAGGCUAUAUUGGCUCGCGUGGAAUGGUCAACGCUGCUCUUCUUCGCAGCCCUUUUCAUCCUCAUGGAGGCUCUGACGGAAUUGGGUUUGAUUGAGUGGAUCGGCAACAUGACCGAGGGCAUUAUCCUGGGAGUGGGCGAGGAUCGUCGACUAAUGGUGGCCAUUUUGAUUAUACUUUGGGUUUCUGCUGUGGCUUCGGCUUUUGUGGACAACAUCCCGCUGACCACAAUGAUGGUGAAGAUUACCAUAUCGCUGGCGCAGAAUAGCACUUUAAAUCUGCCGCUGCAGCCUUUGGUUUGGGCUUUGGCUUUGGGAGCAUGUUUGGGAGGCAAUGGAACUCUGAUCGGAGCCUCGGCCAAUGUGGUUUGUGCAGGAGUGGCUGAGCAGCAUGGCUACAAGUUCACCUUCCUGCAGUUCUUCAAAGUGGGCUUUCCCAUCAUGAUCGGCAGCAUUAUAGUCACCACGGGCUACUUGCUCGUUUCGCACUCGCUGUUCGCGUGGCAUUGAUGAAGGGCCCCCAUCUAGGAGUUGACUGUGUCGAUUCGCAACAAGGCGCACUUUACCUCGUUACCUAACGGACAGAAACUGUUCCAGAUGCCACACACACUCCUCCGGUUUUCGAACCCCAGACCCAUCUAAACAGCACCAAGCUAGAGAGGAUACCACACAUCUUAUGCACUAGCCAUAAGUGUUUGGUUCGCAAGGAAACCAAUCAGAAACACAGAAACGAAGAAUAUUACAUAAAAAUACAUUUAUUUUUACACAUCGUUGUUAGUGUAGUGUGUAGUAUAAAUAACAAAACAAACAACAACAAUUAAGAGAAAUAAAAUAAAUAUAAAUUAAUUAUUUACUAUUAAUAAUGUCGCUGAACUGUGAAACAAUUGUUAAAUGUUAAAUGUAUGAAUACGAAUUAAAUAAAAACGAAACAAAUAUA